AGCCCACCAAGAAAUGAUUUGGUUCCUCCCAUUGUUCCUCCCUAGGCUCAUCUCCCACCCUUGUUUCAGUUCCUUUUGUUGGAGUUUGUAGCCAUAGCUUCCUUGUUCUAAUGCCUGUAAAUCCAUGGACCUUCUUCUUCUCCUUCUUAACCCUCUCUUCUUUUCUUCUGGUUCACUUCCCUGCUCUGGCCUUGAACCAACAAGGCCAGGCUCUUGUUUCAUGGAAGCAGAGCCUCAAUGGCUCCCCUGAGGGGCUGAGCAAUUGGGACCCGAGUGAUGAAACUCCAUGUGGGUGGUUUGGGGUCACCUGCAACUUCAACAACCAAGUUGUGGAGCUGAAUUUGAAGUAUAUUGAUCUUCUGGGUAAGGUGCCUUCGAAUUUCACUUCAUUACUGACGCUAAACAAGCUAGUCUUGUCAGGCACAAACCUCACCGGCUCAAUCCCAAGAGAAAUCUCCACUCUUAAGCAACUGACCUCACUCGACCUCAGCGACAAUGCACUGAGCGGCGAAAUCCCAGUCGAAAUCUGCGAGCUGCCUAAACUACAAGAGCUCUACCUCAGCACGAACCGGCUCGAAGGCUCAAUCCCAGUCCAAAUCGGAAACCUCACAAGCCUCACGUGGUUUGUUGUGUACGACAAUCAGCUCAGCGGCAACAUUCCUAGCACCAUCGGAAAUCUACCCCAAUUGCAAGUAAUCAGAGCCGGAGGGAACAAGAAUCUUGAAGGUGCUCUACCCGAUGAGAUUGGUAACUGCACCAAUCUGGUCAUGUUGGGACUAGCAGAAACCAGCAUUUCCGGGUUCCUACCUCCAAGCCUCGGCAUUCUUAAAAAGCUCGAAACUUUGGCAGUCUACACCACUCUCGUCUCCGGUCCGAUCCCCCCGGAGCUAGGAGACUGCACCGAGCUCCGGGACGUAUACUUGUACGAAAACUCGCUCAGUGGCUCUGUUCCGAGCAAAUUGGGCAACUUGAAGAAUCUCCAGAACCUUCUGCUGUGGCAGAACAGCCUUGUGGGGGUUAUUCCACCGGAGCUAGGCAACUGUCACCAGCUAUUAGUCAUUGACAUCUCUAUGAAUUCCCUCACCGGAAGCAUUCCUCAGUCUUUUGGGAACUUGACGUCGCUUCAGGAGCUUCAGUUGAGUGUGAAUCAAAUCUCCGGCGAGAUCCCGGCGAAGCUAGGAAACUGCAGGCAACUCACUCAUAUCGAGAUGGAUAAUAAUCAGAUCACCGGGACUAUUCCUUUCGAAUUCGGAAGCUUAUCGAAUCUCACCAUACUAUUCUUGUGGCAAAACAAGCUUGAAGGUGCUAUUCCUGCUUCAAUUUCCAACUGUGGCAAUCUUGAAGCGGUUGAUUUGUCGCAGAACGGGUUGACCGGUCCGAUUCCCGGCGGGAUUUUCCAGCUCCAGAAACUCACCAAGCUGCUACUCCUGUCGAACAAUAUCUCCGGCGAGAUUCCGCCGGAGAUCGGAAACUGCUCGUCGUUGAUUCGGUUCCGGGCGAACGACAACAAGCUAACCGGAGCAAUCCCGCAGCAGAUUGGGAGCUUGAAGAGCUUGAAUUUCCUUGAUCUCGGAUCGAAUCGGCUCAACGGGAACAUACCGGAGGGGAUCUCCGGCUGCCGGAAUCUGACGUUUCUCGACUUGCAUUCGAAUUCGAUCACCGGAAACUUGCCUGCGGGUUUCAAUCUGCUUGUGUCUCUCCAGUUCGUCGAUUUCUCGGAUAAUAUGAUCGAAGGGGUAUUGAGUCCUGGUCUCGGUUCGCUGACGUCACUCACAAAGUUUAGCUUGGGGAAGAACCGGUUCACCGGUUCGAUUCCGAGUCAGAUCGGUUCGUGUGGGAAGUUGCAAUUACUGGACCUUGGCGGGAACGAGCUGACCGGUGUGAUUCCGGCGAGUUUGGGAAAGAUUCCGGCGCUGGAAAUCUCUCUGAACCUGAGCUGGAACCAACUCUCCGGCGAGUUACCGAAGGAGUUCGCCGAUUUGGACAAGCUCGGGAUUCUCGACCUCUCCCACAACCAGCUCUCCGGCGACCUCCAAUUUCUCGCGGACAUGCAAAAUCUCGUCGUCCUCAACGUCUCGCACAACAACUUCACCGGGCGCGUCCCGGACACGCCCUUCUUCGCGAAGCUCCCGCUCAGCGUCAUGUCCGGCAACCCCGCCCUCUGCCUCACCGGCAGCCAGUGCGCCGCCGCGAACCCGACCUGGUCCCGCCGCCGCAACGCCGCCGCGCGCGUGGCGAUGGUCGUCCUUCUCUGCACCGCAUGCACGCUCCUCUUAGCCGCGCUGUACAUCAUCCUCGCCUCCCGAAAGCGCGCGCAGCCAGGGUUCUUCGGCGGUGCCCACGAGCCCGACCCGGAAGACGACUCCGAAGAAGUCGACGUGGGCCCACCUUGGGAGGUGACGCUCUACCAGAAACUCGACCUCUCUAUCGUCGACGUGGCGAAAUCCCUGACUCCCGCCAACGUCAUAGGCCGGGGUCGAUCCGGCGUCGUCUACCACGUGUCCAUCCCCUCGGGACUCUCGCUCGCCGUGAAAAGAUUCCGCACCGGCGAGAAACACUCCGCUUCCGCGUUUUCCUCCGAGAUUGCCACGCUGGCGAGAAUACGUCACCGUAACAUCGUGAGGUUACUUGGGUGGGGGGCCAACAGGAGAACGAAGUUACUGUUUUACGAUUACCUACCCCAAGGUAACUUGGGGUCGUUGCUCCACGAGGGGUGCGCAGGCUUAGUAGAGUGGGACACGCGGUUCAAGAUAGCACUGGGCGUGGCGGAGGGGUUGGCGUAUUUGCACCACGAUUGCCAGCCGGCUAUUUUGCACCGGGACGUGAAGGCCCAGAAUAUUUUACUUGGGGAUCAAUACGAGGCCGUUUUGGCCGACUUUGGGUUGGCUAGGUUGGUUGAGGACGAUCAAAACGGACCGUUUUCAGCUAACCCUCAGUUUGCUGGUUCUUACGGCUACAUUGCGCCUGAAUAUGCCUGUAUGCUGAAAAUUACUGCAAAAAGCGAUGUCUAUAGCUAUGGAGUAGUCCUUUUGGAGAUCAUAACUGGGAAAAGGCCGGUAGACCCAUCGUUCACUGACGGCCAGCAUGUGAUUCAGUGGGUGCGAGAUCACUUGAAGAGCAAGAAGGACCCGGUAGAGAUUCUUGAUCAGAAGCUUCAAGGCUACCCGGAUACGCAGAUACAAGAAAUGCUUCAAGCACUUGGAAUUUCGCUCCUUUGUACUAGCAACAGGGCGGAAGAUCGUCCCACGAUGAAGGAUGUGGCUGCAUUGUUGAGAGAAAUUCGACAUGAUCAGCCUGCGACAGGAAGCGAGGCGCACAAGCCUGCUAGCACCGCGUUGAAGAACUCAUCGUCUUCUGUGACUCCAGCUCAACUGCUGAUGAUGCAAGGGUCUUCUCAUUGCUCACUUGCCUACUCUUCUUCAGCUGGUUAUCUAUCAGGAACACAAUAACAAUGCCAGGCAUGCUGUUGGAGAAUAUAGUAUUUGUUAGGAUUAAUUAGGCUUGAUAUUAUUUGUAGGAUUAGCUAGGGCAAUAUAAUUGGCAUUGCCAAAGAGAGUUGGGAGCUUCAUAACAAGUUGAGAGCAUAUUUGAGUGUACAGCAUCUUGACAUUAUUGUACUACUAGUUAGUAGUGGAUGAAGAGCAAUUUCACUUUUUC